UUCGGAAUUAAAAUAAUUAUAUCUCGAAUAUUACGUAAUGCAUGUGCUCUUUCUUUAUAAACAAAGCCUAGAGCGUCUCCGUCUCUCUCACUAAAAUUCUCCACUGCUCUCACAUUCUCUCUUUCUCUCUCUCUCUAGACACUAAUACACCACUGUGAUGGAGAUAAGGUAUUGGCGAAGGAGGUUGAGAGGAUACCAAAGGCUAGAUGGGUCGGUCAAGAAGGCCACAUCGGGUCGGAGAUAUGUGAAGCGGGUCAAAAUGGAUCCGACCCGGAAGAUACGGUUUUGGAGGAUCAAGAUAGUGCCGAAGCUAAGGAUCUUGAAAAGGGCGUCGCCUAAGAAGCUUCUAACCUGGCUUCGAGAUGCUUACGUCAACAUGAUGCUGCGCCUCGCCAACUCUCGGGUCGUCGGGUCAUCUUACGGGUACGGCGAAUAUUGCUACGGGCCGGGUUUGGCGUCCAAGGAGUAUGACGAGAAGAAGCUGGUUGAGAUUUACAAAUCUAUAUUGAUUGCGCAAGGGAAUCUCGUGCACCCCGAGGUAUCUAAACACUCUUCCAAUUCUAUCCUACUCUCAUCUCAUAAAUCCUUAUGUAACUAAAUCCGUUCACAUAUAUAAAAUGAAAAAUUAUCGAUGUUAAUGGUGUGAUCGUGAUGAUCUGUAUUAAUUUAAACUUUAUACUCUUGUUAAGCUAUAUAUAGUGGAUCGGUCCAUCUUUUCCCAUAUAUCGAAUUAAAAUCAAGAUUUGCAUUUAA